AUGAGCGUACCGGCGCACGGCGGUAGUGACGAGAUCACUCCUCCUUCGAGCUUCCACGGUCCUCCUCUCACCCCUCCUCCUACAGACGAGAAGACGGCGUGUGACAAAAGCUACAUUCUUCGACAAAUCGCAGAACACAAGUCUAGUUAUCGGGGCCAGGCAAUAUACAAGGUCGACAAGACAGUGUGGACUGCGGUGAGUUCAGACCUGCUGCACGAUGAUAAGCUACGGUAUGCCAGAUCCGUUCACCAGGUCAACGGUGUUGUCACGCUGAUGUCGAAGCACAGGUUUGAUUAUUUUCCUUCGAUCGAGAGGCUCGUCUUACGUGUGCCUGAGAUAGAGCAUGAGCAUUUCUCACGCAGCCUUUCUUCACGUAUCACCGAGCAUCUACGUACAUUCUCGCACGGGUCUGGGUCGGCUGCGGAAUUUGCAAAGGAUAUUCUAGAUGUGGGAUCUGUAACAAUAACAUCUCGGGACCCAGAAUAUGGGACCCACUGUCCAGACGGGGCCUUCCAGCAUUCUAAGUCGCCAGAUCCGAAUGUCGUUAUUGAGGUGGCUUAUUCACAGAAUAGAAAGGAUCUGAGAACCCUCGCAGACGAAUAUAUUCUCGGUUCCGAUCUCAAGAUCGGUGUUCUCAUUGGAGUGGAUCUCGACUACCGCAGGAGCAAACGGGCUACUUUCUCUAUCUGGCGGGCUAGAUUACGGGGUCCAGACGAUGACAAAGCUUGGGUUGCCGAAGCUGUAGUAGCGAACCAGAUAUUCCGACACGAUGAUGGUACGCCAAAUAUUGACCAAAAUGCCGGUUUACAUCUUUGCCUGGAAGACUUUGCAGACCAGGAAACGUGCCGACAGUUCAAUGACAUAGACAGAGACAUCUUCGUGUCUUGCGAGGAGCUGUACCAGUUCCUUGAAAGAGGGGAAGCCGUUGCGAAGAUCACCAAAUCAAAAAAGCCGGAACCAAGCCCACCGCUGAAGAAGCGUCGUCGAGCACCGACACCUGAGGAGCAACUUGAAGACAGUGACGAGAAGGCUUACGUUGAGGACGAAGAACGUGUCUAG